AUGGAUCAACCCGACCCGAAAAAUGGCUCUGGAUUGGUUAUCUCCGCCACUGAAACGAUGCGGUCGUUUCUCGCCAUCGCCUCCGGUGAUCUUCGUCUCUCCCAAGAACUCAGAGGAAUCGCUUCCGAUCUUCGUUCGAAGAACACCAUUCCGUACAAAUUACUCCGAGCUAUAUGGACCGGAUCCGAUCCGUCGACCAGACCGGAUUUGUUGGGGCUUUUCUCCGGCUCCGAUUUCGUCUUCAACCGUCCCAAACCCAGAGAGAAGAAUGCGGAGAAAUUUGACCUAGUUAGAUUCUGUUUUUGCUCUGAAGGAGAUUAUGUAGAUGAUACUGAUCAAUUCAGCAACAAAAGAGAGCCUUUCUCCUCUUACAAAGACCAGCUCGGUUUCGGUUUACAUGUGGGUCUUACCAUGUUCACUGGAUAUUUGGUUGGAUACGCUUCUUUCAGAGCUUUAUUCAACCGCAACCCUGCUCUGAGUGCUGCUGGUGGGAUUCUUGGACUAGUUUUGGCGAUGCUUGUGGAAACUCUUCUGUUUAUAAUCAAAACGUCUAGAGAUGAUAAGAUUCAGGACUCUAAGUCGUUCACUCAGAGCUCUCCAUCAUUCACUCCCACUACUACUAAGAAGAAUCAAUAGAGAACUUUGUUUGCGUUCUGUUCCUACUGAGAAAAGAGAGAGAGAGAUUUGUAGAGAGUUUAGCUUUGAUACGUACGUGAUAUAAUCAUACCAGUCUGAUUUGGGAAUUUUUUUUGUAAUCAUAUGACAAGAAAGAAACACAGAAUUUAU